UUAGAAUAGAGGCCAUUAAUUUCACCUAGAAUCAACCAACUCCGUGGCUAUUUCUGCUUCUAUAAGAUCAACACAAUGGAGACAAAAAACACAAAUUAAGUGUAUCAUGAUUCAUUAUAACAUAGCUAGAGAAAAAAACAAAUGAACGGAGAUAGUUCAUCUUCAUCGGAACCCUUUCUUAGUAGCUCUCAAAACCAAAAGCAAGGUAGAGAUGUGACAAACACGGCACUCUCUGCAGUUGGCAACUUCAUAAAGCUUCUCCCAACAGGCACAGUGUUCGUGUUCCAGUUCCUGAACCCCGUUUUGAGCAACAGCGGUGAAUGCAACGCUACCUACAAGUGCCUCAGCGUCAUGCUUCUGGUGGCAUGUGCCUUUAGUUGCGUCUUUUCUUCCUUCACCGACAGCUACACAGGCACUGACAACCAGAGGCACUACGCCAUCGUAACUUCUAAGGGGUUGUGGCCUUCUUCCGUUCCACCAGCCAACACCGUUGACUUGUCAGGCUACAGACUCAAGUUUGGAGACUUUGUGCAUGCUGCGUUAUCUUUGUUAGUGUUUGCGGUGUUGGCGCUGUUGGACACUAACACUGUGCGCUGUCUCUAUCCCGGUUUUGAGUCAACUCAGAAGAUUCUGCUGCAGGUGCUGCCCACGGUUGUUGGGGUAUUAGCGGGUGGCAACUUCGUCAUUUCCCCCUCUAAACGCCAUGGAAUUGGAUACCCUUUAACUUCUGAUCCUAACCACACCGGUACCUCCCCAACAUCCAAUGCUACUGCACCUCCACAAAUUCCAAACCACACUGCUUAGUCUUAGCUUGUUAUGUACCUGCAUGCAUGCAUGCUUUCAAAUCAUUAUUUCUCCAAACUUCACUUGCCCUUGUUUGCUUCUUAAUCUUCAUUUCAAAUCUCUACUGACAUGUACCCUUAUUAAUUCCUCUCAACGCACGCCGACUUUACAUGAAACAAAUGUAGUUGAUGAAUAAUACUAAUACA